AUGGAUGACUUGAGGGGAUUCUUGAGGCAAGCAGGACAGGAGUUCCUGAAUGCAGCCGGAGAUGCAGCGAUGGGGGCGGCCAAGGAGGUGGUUGGAUCGGUGAUCAACGAAAUCUUCAUCAAGAAGGAGGCCGACACCAAGAGGGUUCUGCCCAGCAUCAAGAACAUGAGAGUUCUGGGAGAGAAGAGCUCGAGCCUGGGUCCAUAUUCCGAGGUGCAGGACUAUGAGACUAUUUUAAAUAGUUGCCUGGGUAGCGGAUCGCUCUUUGAAGAUCCAUUAUUCCCGGCUUCAAACGAGUCCCUUCAGUUUUCUCGACGCCCAGAUCGUCACAUCGAAUGGCUGAGACCUCAUGAAAUUGCCGAGAAUCCCCAGUUUUUUGUGGAGGGCUUUUCCCGAUUCGAUGUCCAACAAGGAGAACUUGGUGAUUGCUGGCUUUUGGCUGCCACUGCGAAUUUGACCCAGGAAUCCAAUCUUUUCUUCCGCGUGAUACCACCGGAACAGAGUUUCGAGGAGAAUUAUGCUGGCAUCUUUCAUUUCCGCUUCUGGCAGUAUGGUAAAUGGGUGGAUGUAAUUAUUGAUGACCGUUUGCCUACUUAUAAUGGAGAGCUUAUGUACAUGCACUCCACGGAGAAGAACGAGUUCUGGAGCGCCCUGCUGGAGAAGGCCUAUGCCAAACUUCAUGGAUCCUACGAGGCUUUAAAGGGAGGCAGUACUUGUGAAGCCAUGGAGGACUUUACGGGUGGCGUUAGUGAGUGGUACGAUCUUAAGGAAGCUCCCGGCAAUCUUUUCACCAUUCUGCAAAAGGCGGCCGAACGCAAUUCCAUGAUGGGUUGCUCUAUUGAGCCUGAUCCCAAUGUCACAGAGGCGGAAACACCUCAGGGUUUGAUUCGUGGUCAUGCUUACUCUAUUACCAAGGUUUGCCUUAUUGACAUAGUAACGCCAAAUCGUCAGGGUAAGAUCCCUAUGAUAAGAAUGCGCAACCCUUGGGGCAAUGAGGCCGAAUGGAAUGGACCUUGGAGUGAUAGCUCCCCCGAGUGGCGUUAUAUACCCGAAGAACAGAAGGCGGAAAUAGGCUUGACAUUCGACAGAGAUGGAGAGUUCUGGAUGUCCUUCCAAGAUUUCCUCAGCCACUUCGAUCGCGUAGAGAUUUGUAAUUUGUCCCCCGACUCGCUGACCGAAGACCAACAGCAGAGUGGCAAGCGAAAGUGGGAAAUGUCCAUGUACGAGGGAGAAUGGACACCCGGAGUUACAGCUGGUGGCUGUCGCAAUUUCCUGGACACUUUCUGGCACAAUCCCCAGUACAUUAUUUCACUGGUCGAUCCCGACGAGGAAGACGAAGAGGGACAGUGCACAGUCAUUGUGGCCUUGAUGCAAAAGAAUCGCAGAUCCAAACGUAAUAUGGGAAUGGAAUGUCUGACCAUUGGUUUCGCUAUCUAUAGCCUUAAUGAUCGCGAGCUUGAGAACCGUCCGCAGGGCCUAAACUUCUUCAGGUACAAGUCAUCUGUGGGCCGAUCGCCUCACUUCAUCAACACACGCGAAGUAUGCGCUCGCUUCAAAUUGCCUCCUGGUCACUACCUGAUUGUGCCUUCAACUUUCGAUCCGAACGAGGAGGGAGAGUUCAUCAUUCGAGUAUUCUCAGAAACUCAAAAUAACAUGGAAGAGAAUGAUGAUCAUGUGGGUUAUGCCAACAAAGGGGAUACGAUAACACCCGGAUUUCCAACACCUAAGCCUAUGGAUCCUCAGAAGGAAAGCUUGCGACGCUUGUUCGACAGCAUUGCCGGCAAGGACAUGGAAGUUGAUUGGAUGGAAUUGAAACGCAUUUUGGAUCAUUCGAUGAGAGAUGAUUUACCCAAACCUGUUGUUUAUAACCGCUUCUCCAAUAACAUGGCAUUUGAGACCCAGGCUGCAGGUCCUGGUGACGAUGGAGCCGGCGCCUGUGGACUUUUGUCCUUGAUUUGCGGACCAUUUUUGAAGGGAACGCCCUUUGAGGAGCAGUUGGGAAUGAAUGAUCAGUCGAAUAAGAGGCUAAUAGGGGAUGAUCCAAACAGUGGCGGUCCAGUAACAGCAAACGCAAUUGUGGACGAGACUCAUGGCUUUUCCAAAGACGUUUGCCGCUCCAUGGUUUCCAUGUUGGAUGCCGAUAAGUCUGGCAAGUUGGGUUUCGAAGAGUUCGAAACUUUGCUUUCGGAAAUCGCCAAGUGGAAGGCUAUCUUCAAAGUUUACGAUGUUGAAAAUACGGGCAGAGUGUCUGGUUUCCAGCUCCGGGAGGCUCUUAACUCAGCCGGGUAUCAUCUUAACAAUCGCGUUCUCAAUGUUUUGGGUCAUCGAUACGGCUCACGAGAUGGAAAAAUAGCCUUUGAUGAUUUUAUCAUGUGCGCAGUUAAAAUCAAGACAUAUAUCGAAAUAUUCAAAGAGCGAGACACUGAAAAGAACGAAACCGCCACUUUUACAUUGGAAGAAUGGAUCGAGCAAACAAUAUAUUCUUAAAAAAAAUUUUAUUUUUAAGUUAGCAAAAGUCCUCGAAAAAAUAUUUACACGAAAUCUCUUAAUGGUAAUCUCCAAAAUUUUCCUUUUUAUACGCAGUACAAAGAUACAAUACUUCCGAAUAGCUUUCAUCCAUCUUUAUAAAUGUGUUUUGUAAUUGUGUGUCGAUAAAUGAUGUUAACCGAAUUUAUUGACUUGUUACCCAGAUUAAUAAUUUAGUUACACAAUAAAACAAUUUAUUACAUAUGCAUUCGAAA